ACACUGCAUUGUGAUUGGUCCAUAUAACCUCACAUUCGUAGUUGCCAGGUUUUAAGAAAGCAUUUACGCAAGAGACAAAUGGUGGGGAUGCGCAAAUGACACUUUUAUAUGCAAAAGUGUUCUGUGCACAUUCCCACCAACUUGUUUUUCUCGCUAACCUCGUUCUCAUAUCUGGCAACUCCAGGCAACUCUGCUUACAAUUACAAUUAAGGCCCGAUUGUAUCCCUCGAUGUAAAUUAACUUUAAAAACUGUUUAAUUACUUUAUAUCUUUUUCUAAUUUUAAGAAAGAAAAUGGCGGUGCAGUAGACCCGGUAUUUGAGAGGUUGCGUUCCUGCUGAUCGGCAAACGAGGUCGCAAACAGAUAUUAUGGAUAUCUCGAGCAUGCUCGAGGUACAGGUGAAAGAAGAGCUAGAUGUGAAGGAAAACGUUACACCAGGACAGGAUCAAGCAUCCAGCGCGUCUAGCUCGGCCUCCAUACCGGUCUCUCAAGAAGAGAACAAUUACUACAAGCUCAUGUUUGGCAAUGACAUUGCAUCUGUACGAUUCCGUAGACUUCACUGUACAGCUUGCGAUAUACACAUUGGCUCUGCUCCAUCUCAAGCUCACAACAUGUUUGAACAUCCUGUACUCCGUACAUUAUUAUGUGCAAAUUGUCGUGAGUUUUAUGGAGAUGGUACUUUUGAACAAGGUGAUGACGAUACAGAUAUGUUUUGUAGAUGGUGUGCCAAUGGUGGAAAUUUAUAUUGUUGCUCAUAUUGUAGCAAUACAUUCUGUUACAAAUGCAUAAGGAGAAAUUUUGCAGCUCAAGUAAGGAAGAAAAUUGAAGCUGAUGAAAAAUGGAAAUGUUUUGUGUGUAAUCCAAGUGAUUUGUAUAAUGCGAGGGCUGUCUGCUGGGCUCUACUUCAACACAUACAAACAGUGAGAAGGAUACUGGCGCACGAUAAGAAGAUGAGCUCCAUGGAGAUCGAGGAGAAGAUGAAUGCUGAUGAGUCGCUCUGCUGUCCACAUAAGAACAAACGUAGGGGAGGACGACGGAGAUUCGACUCCAAUUCAGAAGAAGAGGAUGAAACGUAUUUACCUGAGGACAACGACUUAUCGAUAGGACGUAUGAAACGUAAACAAUUGAAAAAACGCAAGUCGAUUAGUCGGCCCAUUCCGAACAUUCCGCAACCCAUCUAUCGACCACCGGUUCCCAUUAGACCACGUCCAGCAUCGUUUCUGAGUGGCCAAUCUUUUCAAGCUGAAUCACCGAAUUCGACUGUGGUUAGUCAUAAAAAAUCAAUUCCGUCGGAGGGUAUCGUUCUUUCAUCGUCUGGUGUAAUGAAAUCGAAUACUUCGAUACCAUCGAGAUUCGAUUCUAAUGCCCUACAGCAGCAGCAGCAACAACAGCAGUCUUCCGUGUACCACACAUCUUUUAUGAACACUUCGGGAUCUACCGCUUAUAUUCAACCCACUCGGAUUAUUCUUCCGCCGCAGUCGCAGCCGCAACCACAGUCGCAGUUGACACCGUACCAGUCACAGCAGACGAGCUCGUAUCAAUCGCAAUCGCUCCAGACUACACCAAAUACGAUGGUGUCUAUACCUAAUUUAAUAGACCAUAGCUCUAAACCUUUGUUUAUUCUUCCAAAACCGAAAGAAGUAAAUAUGACGUUGACACCUAACGUAAUUGAACUGGAUAGCGAUUCCGAUGAUGAACCGAAAGUCGUCGCAGAGCAAGACAAGUCGACAACUAAUAAAGACAGUAAUGCAAACGUUGCUAAUAAAGUAGUACCCGUCGCUCUUACUUGGGAGAACAGCGACGACGACUUGCGAGAAGAACAACCCCUGGUAGAGGUACGCUCGAUUUCGGAAAAAAAUGCCUCUUUUGGUGAAACAAUGUUGCCAUACAGCCAAGAGCUUGACAAGUUUUUAAGUGACGUGAAGACGAAAAUGUAUAAUUUCUUCAACGUGACUGCAGUUGAAAAUGUCGAAGUAGAGGCGCGACAAAGAAUCAAGAAUUUCUAUUACAAUAUGCGUGACACGAUCUAUCAGUUAGUAUGUAUUAACGAUAGAGUAAUACGUCAAUAUAAUGAGUGGAGGAGGUCUCAAAAGAUGGAAACACCGCCUUUGAAAGACAAAACUACAUCCCGAGAAAAAGUAAAUAUUCCUUUAGAUAUGAUUUGCAUCAACGAUUCUGAUACUGAAUCAGAGAAGGAAGUUGAAGAAAAUCAGCAACUUGUAGAACCAUCCGAUUUAAUUAAAGAUAGUAAUAUUAUUAAAUAUUUGUUACUUUGUAAGAAAAAUGUUGUGCAUUGUGGUGUUGGUGAUGAUAGCCCGCACUUGUCUGUGGAUAAAGCAAUUCAAGUAUACGAUGUUGUUUCGAGGGAUUAUGAAAAAUGUAUCGGUUAUUCUGUGAUAACAAAAACCGAUGAGAAAACGAACAAUAGUGUUUUGGACGACACGCCGAGCACGCCUGACAAGAAUUUUGGCAAAUAUGAGGAACAAUUUAUUUACUAUUUGCAACACAUCGAGGAUAACAGCAUUGAGACGGAAGAUUCGAAGAGUUUGGGGGAGUUGGAUGAAACAUUACUUCAAGAAGUGGCGCAAACGAAUUCAUCAUUUAUUUCAGAUUCAUCAUUUAUUACAGAUUUUUUCAAAGAUAUCGGUUUUCAAAAAUAUUUUUCAUCUUCUGUUGAACCUACUGAUCAAUCGGAAAAUUCCCAACAAGAAAAAGAUGAUAUGAGUGAUAGCAUUAAUCCAGUAAUCAAAGAUAAUGAAAAUGACAUCCUUUGUACAAGCGAUAAAGAAAUUGCUAAUAAUGCCGGUGUUAAGUUACAAGAAACAAAUAUGCAACCAGAUGGUAAGUUGCAACAAACGGAAUCACAAAAAACACAUGUAGAUGCGACAAACGGAGAAUCGGUAAUAUUACAUAAUAAUGAAAUAAACUCAAAAGAAAAUAAUACUAUAAAUAUGGAAAUAGUUGCUUCUACCGGAAAUGAAGAGGAUUGUACUAUUAUCGAUGAUUAAUGAGAGAGGAAUUGUUUAUUAAUGUAUUGUUAGGUUAGGUUAAAUAUUUUUCAAUUGUAAUUGAAUAUUAAUAGAAAUGCGCUUUGAUUUGGAAAUUUAAUACUUUUUUUAAAAAUGGUGUUAUCUCAAACAAAUUGCAUUUUACAAAAGUUGUACAUUUUAUUUCUAAAAUCAAAAGAUAUUCAUAUAAAGCAAAACUUAUUUUAAAAAUUAUAAAGUUAUUUUUUCACAUAUUUAAAUUAUAAAUAUAUCUAAUUUUUAUAGAUUCUGCACAUUACAUUUUUGAUGAACAAUUUUGUCAAAAAUUUUACAAAUAGAAAUUCUUGAUUCUUUAGGAAAUGAGGUUUCUAAAUCAUUUAGCCAGAAGAUAGAUAAAUAAUAUUUUCCUUUUAACUUUUCAUUUUCCUAAUUUUCUACAUUUUUCCUUUUCAGUAAUAAAAUAAUUUUGAUUAGUAGUUUUCAUUUCUAUUUCUGCUCAUAAAUACAUUUUUUAGUGACAAAAUUUACUUCAACAAUUCCGAAAUUAUAUAAAAUUAAAAUCAUGGUGGUAUAAAAAAAUACAAUUAAAAAGAAAUAAAAAAUUACAUUUAUAAUUUAAAAUUUUUGUAAUUUUUAUUCAAAAUACAGCUUUAUCGACAAUUUUUUUACAUUGAACUUUUGGCUUUUAUUCAAAACGUUAUGUAUUAACUAUUAAUAUAUUAGUUAACUAAUAAUUAUUUUCAGUUAGUAUACGAAAUAUUUUAUAUAAAUAUUUUAUUGAUAUGUCUAUAAGAAUAAUCGAUACAGAUACAUCAAUAUUUUUUCAUACAAAACAAACGUGUGGAAUCAAUUUUUUUUUACUUUGCAUACGUGAAACAUUUAUAAUAACGUAUUGAAGGUAAUUGUUUUAAUUAUUGUUUUACUUUAAUCCAGAAAUAGUAUAAAGUUUAAACAUUUAAAAUCAAUUAUGGAUUAUAAUUUUGUCUAUUGAAAA